GGGAAUGCAGUGGGAAGAAAGCUGCUCCUCUGGGAAUGCAGUGGGGAAGAAAGCUGCUCCUCUGGGAAUGCAGUGGGCGAAGGCUGCAGUGGUGUUCCAAAAAUCAGAUUGUAUCCAGGUAGGACUGCUUGGCUCCUCCCCCUGGGUGGAGCAUCUCCCAAUGCGAUGAUAGAAUUAUAUCAGACCUUUUAUCCGAAAGUGACACUGCAGUGACACUCAAUGGCCCAUUAACAGAAGGUAUUUCCUAGAGAGAGAACUGGUUGCGGAAGAGAUAAAGAAAACUGCCCCACCUGGUUUUAACAAAUGGUGAUAAAAUACACACUUCUGGUUACAUCUUGCAUUGCAACCUAAGACAAGUGGGUUUCUUUUCUUCUCUGAUACAAAGUCUUCUCAAGAGCAAGCAAUUGCCAAAAUCCCAGAGGAGAGCAAAUAUCCUGUAGGGGCCUCAGUUGUACCACAUGCAAACAUCUGAGAGGCUCAGUACUUGAGCUCGGAUGUUAGUGGGGAAAAUCCGUGCUCCUCUCUGCUGGUUGCCUGUUAAUGCUGAUUGAGUGUCUCUCAUUUCUGACAGGAGUCACUUUCAGAGAAUACAGAACUCUAUAAACUGCUCCCUCUGUGUUUCAGAGCUCCUCAACUGAAAGCAUUCAUGCAGCAGUGAUGUAGCAUUUAUCACUGUACAGAGUAACCACUGCUUUCUAAUACAAGUUUCCACCUAACUGGUCUUUCUGAGCCCCCAGCUGGCCAAACAGCUUCCACUGCUGGUGUGGGAGGAUGGAUUAUAGGAGGAGACAGUGCUGAAGGCAAUCUCACCCCUGAGGAGUUGCAGCUGGACUAAUUACCAAAGAGUAGGAAUAGACCUGCCCUUAAUAGAGCACAGCUGUGUCCAAUAAGGCCUGCCCAUAGUAGGGCACAUCUGUGUCCAAUAAGGAUGGUCCAGUGAGGAUGGAUGUUAUAAAAGAAUAGGUUAGCUGAUCAAGACAGAGUUGGAGUCAGUUGGCUGUGCAGCUGUGAGGAGUAAGGGUCAGAUGGUUGUGCUAGGGACAGAAGGGGUCAGGUGUUCAUGUUAGGGACAGUAAGGGUCAGUAUGUGCUGCUAGGGACAGAUGGGGUCAGGCACUUGUGCUCGGGACAGGAAGUCAGCCAGCUGAGCAGAAGAAAAAGAAAAGGGUCAGGGUUGCGAGAAGCUGUCUAUGAGAACUCACAGAGAGGUGGUCUGAAAGUCUUGCAGUAAGAUAAUAACCUAACAGUGACAGUCAGUUCCCAUCCACCGUCAGCUGGUGCCAAGCACCAUCGCCAACAAUUAGUGGCCUGUAUAGGGAUGAGUUCUGACAUGGUGGCUCUUUAGGAUUCAGGAGCUUGUGGAACAAGGAAUAACAGACACAAAUGGCUUUGACUGAAAAGGUCUGUAUGAUUGUUUUCUUGAAAGAAAGCAUAAAGUAGUUGAAACCUAUUCAAGAAAGAAGAAUUUGGCUCAAAAAGCACACAAGAUAAGCACUUGUAUAACUUUGGCUAAUACCCUAAACUAAAGCUAUUUGAAAGGGGUUUUCUUCUGAGUGGUGUGAAGAAUGAAGAGUAAUAUGGUUAAAACGGAUUUCCCUUAUACAAGUGAUAUGAAAGGUGAAUAUUUCAUUCGUUUUAAAUCAAGUCAUCCUGCUGUCAUUAGAAAUCUCGGAGGUUCAGUCUUGUAGAAGGAUUUAAAGGCAGCACUUCAAUAAUAAUCGGAUUAGAAGGACUUGCAUAGCUCCAUGGUCUAAAAACAAGAUAAAAGAAACCAGAGUUCAAACUUGCCACAAAGCAAGGCAGUGAGUUGUGUGGUGCAGAAUCAACCCACGGUUCUGAGCCAGUGAUUUUGGCAAUCACCUGAAGCAGGGAUGCCUGCAGACUUCAAUGGGUACUGGAAAAUGGUCAGCAAUGACAAUUUUGAGGAGUAUCUGAAAGCACUGGAUGUAAAUGUUGCUGUAAGAAAAAUAGCAAACUUACUAAAGCCCGACAAGGAAAUCCUUCAAAACGGGGAUCAUAUGAUCAUUAAAACACUAAGCACUUUUAGAAACUACAUCAUGGAAUUUGAUGUAGGGAAGGAGUUUGAGGAGGAUUUGUCUGGGGUGGAUGAUCGCAAGUGCAUGACUACUGUGUCUUGGGAUGGAGAUAAGCUGCUCUGUGUACAGAAUGGAGAGAAGGAAGGCCGUGGCUGGACCCAGUGGAUUGAAGGAGAUGAAAUGCACUUGGAAAUAAGAGUUUGUGGAGUCACAUGUAAGCAGGUCUUUAAGAAGGUGCAGUGAGCUACUGCUGCUACAGGAGUGAAGAACAAUAGAAUUUACUGACUUGCCAGCUCCAAAUGCUAGUACUGAGCAUCGUCAGCAGCAAGAGCAAACACAGAGAUGAAUAUUACAUUAGAACCAUAUAGCUGGAAUAAAAUAUUUUUAGGAAAUUGAAAAAAAUGACUACAAAUAAAACUAUUUUUAGAAAUGCCAAUUAAAGAUACUAAAUUCUCUAAA